CAGUAGCAGACAACAACAAAUAUUUCAAUGUAAAAUACAGAAAUUUCUAAUCAGUUGGUACACAUCAGCCUCUUUCGCUGUGUAAAAGACAUUUUAUUUAUUUAUUUUUGUUGCAACAAAGACAAUCUUUGCAGUCUACUUUAGCGUAGUUUACGUAUUUGAAUCGUCAUCAUUCCAAGAAAAUGUUCAACGUCACUGUCCUAUCUAUCUGUAAAGUAUAAAUCACAGCGACAAUAUGGCAUGGUUGGGUUUCGGUGCAUUAGCUUCCGGAUUAGUGUUGCAAAGACUUUUAGGCGGUGAAACACCUCCGAAUAAAGUUCAAGAACUCAAAACCGAGUCAUUGGAAAGCUUGCAAAUUCUUCAUCGUGAUGACGGUAUGGUUAUGUACGCUCCGCCCUUGGGAUCGACUGAAAAGAAAACCAUCUACGAAAUUGUCAUCCAUCGUCCGUACACUGACAACACAAACACUUCAUAUAGUUUAUACAGAGCGGCCAAUCAGGCUGAAGCAGAGGAAAAGUUUUAUGCAUUCACUCAAAGAUUACCAGUAUUUUUAGGAAUAGCUAAAGAAAUGUUCACCGUGAGUGGUCUCCAAAAAAUCUGCGACAUUCUAUCGGAAAACCCUUCUUGGUCCAUCGCACAUUUAGUCGCCUUCUUCAAUUUAACCGAACAUGUUACCAAUCCCACGGUAUUGGAAUUAAUUGACUAUCCUGAUCACGCAACAUUCAUGACACCGCUGCAGUUGGCAAUAAAAUGUUCCCACAUUGAAAUGGUCAAAAUAUUGAUGCCUUUAUGUAAAAUGGAACAUUUGGACAACGAUUCCAAUUCGAUUUUCCAUUAUGCGUCGGUUACUACCAAAGAAAUGGUUAAUCUGUUAGCAGCGGCGAAUGUCGUCAAUUUGAAUCAUUGCAAUUCGGAUGGCUACACACCAUUGCAUCGUGCCUGCUUGUCUGAUAAGCCUGAGUGUGUGAAAUCGCUCAUACAAGCUGGUGCAGAUGUUAACAAAGCAGCUGGUAACAUCAACAAUGUCCAUCGCAAAACAACAACAAAUAACUCUGUGGCCGAACUCGUCGAAUUCAAUACAAACAAAUUGUUCAUACAAGACAUGAAAAACGGAGGCACACCCUUACAUUGGGCAUCGUCACGCGAAGUUCUGCUAGAGUUAGUCAAGCGUGGCUGUGAUAUCAACGCGGUCAAUUUCGAAGAAAGAACAGCACUCCACGUCAUGGUAGAACGUAACCGUUUAGAAUGUGUCGUGGCGUUGCUAUCCCACGAAGCUGAGAUAGACCUGCGUGAUAAAGAUGGGAACACGGCAUUACAUCUAGCCAUACAAAAGAAAUUGGUGCCAAUUGUGCAAUGUUUAGUUGUUUUUGGGUGCGACUUCAAUAUACAAAACCGACAAGGACAAACUCCUAGACAUAUGGUCGGAAAAGAUGCGUCCGGUAGUAACGAGGACAUGAUUUUGUAUAUACUUCACUCUGUUGGAGCGAAGCGCUGUCCAGAAAGUAACAAAAAAUGUCCACCUGGUUGCUGUUUCAAUGGAACAUAUAAUGGCAUACCGCCCGCUCAGCCCGAAUCGCCUGAACAGCGAGAACAAAUCUACCAAGUCCUAGCAUCGACGAGUAAGAAUCACCUACGAGGUGGUCUAGCCAAUUUUUUACAAUCCGGAAGCAUUGAGGCGCCAACAAGCCCCACAAACGUUGAGAUAGUGGACGUUGCACCGGAACAAAAGGGUAGAAGUGUUAUGGACUCAUUGAUGAGUAUGUUUCAGAACAAAGUGGUUAAAGCCGAACCAGCAAAGAAGGAAAGCGCACCGGAAGUUGCUGAAGCAACAGUCAUGGAAACCGAUAGUCCACGAUCUAGCAACAGCGACAAAAGCGACAGAGAUGCACCCAAAUUGAAAGGCGGUAGAUUACUAUGUAUGGAUGGUGGUGGAAUACGAGGUCUUGUUCUAGUUCAAAUGCUUCUGGAAAUCGAAAAAUUGUCUCAAACUCCAAUUAAUCAUCUGUUCGAUUGGGUUGCUGGUACAAGCACUGGCGGAAUAUUAGCCCUUGGCCUUGGAUCGGGCAAAACGAUGAAGCAAUGCAUGUGUAUGUAUUUACGAAUGAAGGAUCAGGCGUUCGUCGGAUCCCGACCAUAUGCCAGUGACAAUUUGGAAACUUUGCUGAAAGAGUCGCUGGGAGAAUCGACCGUCAUGACAGACAUUCUACAUCCGAAAAUUAUGGUCACUGGUGUGAUGGCCGAUCGAAAACCCGUCGACUUGCACUUGUUCAGGAAUUAUCAAUGUGCAAGCGAUAUUUUGGGAAUUGUUACGCCAACGAGCAACCGGAGAGUUCCACCACCGCGACCUGAGGAGCAAUUGAUUUGGCGUGCUGCCAGAGCUACAGGAGCCGCUCCCUCUUAUUUUAGAGCCUACGGUCGCUUCCUUGAUGGAGGCCUAAUAGCCAAUAAUCCAACGUUGGACGCCAUGACUGAAAUACACGAGUACAACAUGGCAUUGCGUAGCGUUGGUCGCGAAGCCGAAGCCAUUCCGGUGUCUGCCGUUAUAUCGUUGGGAACAGGGAUGAUUCCAGUCACUGAGCUAAAAGAAAUUGAUGUUUUUCGGCCAGAUAGUUUAUUUGAUGCAGCCAAAUUGGCUUACGGAAUAUCAGCCAUUGGAAAUUUACUCGUUGACCAAGCAACUGCAUCAGAUGGACGUGUCGUUGACCGAGCCAGAGCCUGGUGCAGUAUGAUUGGAGUUCCAUAUUUUAGAUUUAAUCCACAACUGUCGGUCGACAUUGCAAUGGAUGAGAAGAACGAUUUGAAGUUGAUCAACAUGCUGUGGGAGGCAAAAGCGUACAUGCAUGCCAAUCGUAAUAAGGUCAUAGAAUUGAUCAAUUUGCUUCUUUAAAUCAAAUUUGUGUUACGAAAAUGAAUUAGGUGUAGAAUACGAAUGAAGAAAUAAUCAAUGUUGGUGGUUCUUAUGUUGAUGUUUCUAUCAAUUUUUUCUUUUCUUCUUUGAAUGGUUUAACUUGUUUUCCUGCAUCAAUGACAAUCGUUACCGUUUUAAAGAAUUGUUUCAAAAUCAUAGGGCUUUUUAAUCAAACUCAAAACAUUGUUCUCUCAAAUAGUUAACCCUUUUAAAAUACUCCGAUUGAAUUUGCCAUGAAGGUAGUGGCGGACUUCAAAGAAUAGAUUUUUCUAUCACCCUAAAAAUCUCAAUUACACUGAAAAGGCAACAAAAUUUUAAGCCGAAAAACACCUCGUAAAAACUCUGUGAAAUAUUUACCACUGCUGUCCAUUGACUGUCAUUUCCAAAAUAAAUCGUAGACAAGUCAGUGCAAUUUAAAAGCGUGCGGUAGAACAUUUUUUUUUGUCAGAAUGAUAUUCUGUGUCGAUUUUAUGGAAACAGCAAUGAUGAUUUAUUGACAGGAUUCACAAAAUUGACCAUUUAUUGCAACUAAAUUAGAUUUGAUUUUAAAUUAUCAAUGUGAUAUACGAAGUCGCGUACAAAAAUAUUGAUGCCAAAGUAAAUUAUGAAGCGGAGCAGCUUAUGAAGCACAAUUUUUUUUACUUGGCUUGAAGCAAUGUAGAGGCUAAUGGACUUGCUGUGGAA